ACUUCUCUGGGUCUCAGCUCCUCCUCUGGAAAGUGGGGAGAUUAUUGUGACUUCCCAGGGUUGGGUGGGACUGGGAGGAUGGGUGAGGGGCUGGCAUAGAGCAGGUGCUUGGUUGGUGGCAGCCGCCAUGGAACGGUGGCACCUGCCCAGGCCAGGCUCAUCUGGUCUCACAGGGGCAGGCGAAGCCUCUCCAAGAUGGGGCCAGGGUGGGACCUGUGCCCUCCUCUGUCCGCAGCUGCCCUGGGCACGCUGGACUUCAGCCUGCUGUAUGACCAGGAGAACAACGCCCUCCACUGCACCAUCACCAAGGCCAAGGGCCUGAAGCCAAUGGACCACAAUGGGCUGGCAGACCCCUACGUCAAGCUGCACCUGCUGCCAGGAGCCAGUAAGGCAAAUAAGCUCAGAACAAAAACUCUCCGUAACACUCUGAACCCCACAUGGAACGAGACCCUCACUUACUACGGGAUCACAGAUGAAGACAUGAUCCGCAAGACCCUGCGGAUCUCUGUGUGUGACGAGGACAAAUUCCGGCACAAUGAGUUCAUCGGGGAGACACGUGUGCCCCUGAAGAAGCUGAAACCCAACCACACCAAGACCUUCAGCAUCUGCCUGGAGAAGCCGCUGCCGGUGGACAAGACCGAAGACAAGUCCCUGGAGGAGCGGGGCCGCAUCCUCAUCUCCCUCAAGUACAGCUCACAGAAGCAGGGCCUGCUGGUAGGCGUCGUGCAGUGCACCCACCUGGCCGCCAUGGACGCCAAUGGCUACUCGGACCCCUACGUGAAAACGUACCUGAGGCCAGAUGUGAACAAGAAAUCCAAACAUAAGACAGCGGUGAAGAAAAAAACCCUGAACCCGGCGUUUAAUGAGGAGUUCUGUUACGAGAUCAAGCACGGGGACCUGGCCAAGAAGUCCCUGGAGGUCACCGUUUGGGAUUAUGACAUUGGAAAAUCCAAUGAUUUCAUUGGUGGUGUGGUUCUGGGCAUCCAAGCCAAGGGGGAGCGCCUGAAGCACUGGUUUGACUGCCUGAAGAACAAGGACAAGCGCAUCGAGCCCUGGCACACGCUCACCAGCGAGCUCCCAGGGGCCGUGCUCAGCGACUGAUGCCCACCCGCCACUGCUACCCCUGCCGCCACCUGCGCCCAGCACGGCCGGCCCCAGGCUUCCCCAGCAGCCACCAAGGCCUGUGGCCCCCACACUGGGGGAGAUCCAGAACCCCUGCUUGGACACAGAGCCACUGCAGUCCCCGCUCGGAGGAUGUGGAGGGCUCAGCCACUCUGGGACGGGGAGGGCAAGGAGCUGGGGUGGGGGGCUCUCAGCCCUCUGGUGCCCAAGAGGCCGGUGGUGGAAAGAGACCUCAGCACCUGCCCAGGGGAAGGGGACACGCCCAUCUGGGAGCAAAGACCCUUCUAGAGGCCAGCCCUGGUUGAGAGGACAGGAGUGUGGGGGUGCCUUGGCAGACAGUGGGAACAGAGGAGGGAGGUGGUGAGCAGACAGACAGGUGGAGGAUGGGACCUUGAAGACUGGCUGCUCCAGCCCAAGAAAGCCUGACUGCAUCCCUCAUCUCCUUCGCUGCUGGGCAGAUGGAAGAAGCGGGCCUGCCGGCCGAAAGUCUGCCAGAGUUCCCGGAGGCUCCUGAUGACGGGUAAAUUGGCACAUGCUUCACUCAAUUAUUCCACAAGCCCUGGGGGUGAAUGAGACACAGGGCCUGCCCUCAGGGAGUUCCCAUCUAGUCAGGAAGCUGGGAACAAACCAUUCCAACUGGGGUGAGAAAUACCAAGACCAGCUUGGCCAGUCUGCAAGUACUGUGGGCUCUGUUGACUCUGCCGGGAGGUCAGGGAAGGCUUCCUGGAGGAGGCGGUGCUUCCGUAAGGCCUAUGGAGGGUGAGUGGGGGCUUCUAAAAGCAGUCCAGGCAGUGGGAGUGGUCUAAAAUGGCCUGGAGAGAGAAAGCCAAUGGGGCCGGGGUGCUGUGGACCCAGGGUCUCCUCUCCAGGGGAGGGUUUGUUAGGAAGGUGUGAGGCUCGAGGCAGGAGGUGGGGGACGUGAUGGAAACACCACGGAGAAACUGGUGUGGGCUGAAGUUCAGACCUCAGACCCAAGUCUCCCACUCUGAUCUCUUUCUACUCCUGAGGGACCUCAAGGGCGGAGCCCGCCCCUC